AUGACACCUGAGGCGAAGCGGGGUGGAGAGGGAAUUGAAACGUCGCGGCUCGGGCGGCGUCGGGCGGGCGCGGGUGCGGGCCGAUGGCGGGCUGGGUGCGCGUGCGCGGGACAGGGCGCGGGCGAGGGCGGGGCGGCGCAGCCUCCGGGUGCAGCACUCCGCCGCCGCCCGCCGCCCGCAUCGAUCCCGCCCGGGAGAGCUCGGCGAGCCGUCUCCGCGCCACCACCGCGCGCCCGUGCGCCGCCACGCUCCCGCUCUACCGUGCAGGUGCAUCCUCGUACCGCGCUUACG